AUGGAGAGAGUGAAAUGCGUGAUCCCAGACAUGAUGUACGGUGAGAAAGCGACCGGCAAAGGGAAGCCCAAAUGCAAUUCCUCUGAGGAAGUGGGGGAAUUCAUGGGAAGAGUUUCUCGAUUCCGCGCGGAAGCCGAAAGCGAACUUCGCAACUGCUCCUGCCCCCAGCCGUGUCUCCUCAGAGAAUAUCAUCUCAGCCAAGUUCCUGGUUCCAUUUCUCGCCUCACCUCGGAUCCUCACCGAAUUUUCCUUGACAUCCAAUUCCCCACCACCAAGGUGGAGACGUUCAAGGAGCAGCCAGCGACAUCUUUGGUCGAGAUCCUGUCGGAAAUCGGGGGAUGCGUCGGGGUCUGCCUCGGCCUAUCCAUUCUUACAGUAUAUGAGAUCCUGGAAGUCUCGUUCUUCUUUCUUUGUUCUCGGGUCAAAGGCUUCUAA